UUGCUCUCAUUGGUUCGUUUCCGGGGAUGAAGGUUUGCGAAGACCAGCUCGUUGACGCCUUCGGUUUCUUAAGCCGUUCCUGAAAGGAGGGUGGAGGAGCUCGUGGCCGAGACUGGAGAGAUGCGAUCUGGACUCCUUUGCGAACCCUAAUUUCGACCGAGAAGCCUCAAAUUCUCGAUUCAUAACCAUCGAGUCGAUUCCCGGAUUUCUUAGAUCGGAGCUCCUCCACGGCUCCGAUGGCGCUGCCGAGAACGUGGCUUCUGCUCCUCGUCUUCCUUCUAUCACACGUUCUCGCCGCCCUCGGAGGGAAGAACUAUUAUGAUGUUUUGCAAGUUUCGAAGGGAGCUUCGGAGGAGCAGAUCAAGAGGGCCUACAGGAAGCUGGCUCUGAAGUAUCAUCCCGAUAAGAAUCCCGGGAACGAAGACGCAAACAAGAGAUUCGCGGAGAUAAACAAUGCAUACGAAGUGCUGUCGGAUCGUGAGAAGAGGAGUAUAUAUGACCGGUACGGCGAAGAGGGUGUGAAGCAGCAUGCCAGCCGUGGAGGAGGGGGUGGCGGGAUGAACAUGCAAGACAUUUUUAACAGUUUCUUUGGAGGUGGUAUGGCACAAGAGGAGGAAGAGGUGAUAGCAAAAGGUGAUGAUGUAGUUGUUGAAUUGGAUGCCACACUAGAAGAUUUAUAUAUGGGAGGUUCACUAAGGGUUUGGAGGGAGAAAAAUACCAUAAAGCCAGCCCCUGGCAAGAGGCGCUGCAACUGCAGGAAUGAAGUUUAUCAUAGACAAAUUGGUCCAGGAAUGUUUCAGCAGAUGACAGAACAGGUCUGUGAGCAAUGUCCCAAUGUGAAGUUUGAGCGAGAAGGUUAUUUCAUCACUGUUGAUAUUGAAAAGGGGAUGCAAGAUGGACAAGAGUUGCUUUUUUAUGAGGAUGGCGAACCCAAAAUUGAUGGUGAAGCUGGAGAUCUGAAGUUCAGGAUCCGAACAGCACCACAUGUGCGCUUCAGAAGAGAAGGCAAUGACCUGCAUGCAACUGUGACAAUUUCACUGGUCCAAGCUCUUGUUGGUUUGGAAAAGACCAUCGAACAUCUUGAUGAACAUUUAGUGGAAAUCGGCACAAAGGGUAUCACUAAACCUAAAGAGGUGAGGAAGUUCAAGGGGGAAGGCAUGCCUUUGCACCUAAGUUCAAAGAAGGGAGAUUUGUAUGUCACAUAUGAAGUUUUGUUCCCCAAGUCACUAACUGAAGAUCAGAAAACUAAAAUCAAGGCAAUUCUUUCUGGAAGCUAGCAUUGUCUCUGUUGGUUUAUAACUUGUUCUUCCUUGUAAUAUGACUAGAGUUGAUUGAAAGGUGUACAACCCCUGGAAUUUUCCCACAUGGAUCCUGUUUGAAUGAUGUCAUUUACUGUAAUUCUUGUUACUAGCUGCUUCCCUGGGGUGCGACCACCUCCCCAUUUUCUUCCCCCCCUUUAUUGGGCAAUAGAUGUAGUUUAGAAAAAGCAAACUGAUUAAUUGUUAUCUGAUCCAGAUCUCUCUCCCUUGCCUCAACCAGGGGGAAAGAAAAACAUAUUACAGAAUCAUUUUUGAUUAUGUAAUUCUGUUACUAUGAGAGAAACUGUAUUCGCACUGCUUCCAAAAUAUAUAAAAAAUUAUGAAUUAUUAUUUUU